AUGUCAGAGAUCCCACACAGACGCAAGGCCGGAAUCCCAUCUGCUCAUAGCCCGGCUGCCCAUGAACAUGAGACGAGCAAAGGAUGUCAGCAGCCAGGAAAUACCAUAGUUCGAGCACUUCAAGAGCUUGUUGCCCUGCUGACUCUUACCAGAGUCGUCCUGGCCCAUCCAUUGGAGACAUCUCGAUUGGCUGUUCUGGGUAUUCUCCAGUUUGCAAAACAGAUUUACGGAUCCGCUUUUCGGCCAGAUCGUAAUAUCAUAGACCAGUCUGGAAAGGUCAUCUUGAUUACAGGAGGAAACACGGGACUUGGGAUGGAAACAGUCCUGGAGCUAGUGAAGCAUCAACCCGCAAGGAUAUAUCUGGCCGCCCGUAAUGAAAGAAAGGCCUGGGAAGCUAUCAAUUUCAUUCAAUUUCAGCUAACGUACGAGGCAGAUAUUCGAUAUCUACCUCUGGACCUGUCGUCGUUUAAAUCUAUCCGGGAAGCAGUCAGGUUAUUCACUAGUGAAUGUGACCGUCUGGAUACCCUUAUACUCAAUGCUGGAGUCAUGGGCAUGGACUCUUAUACGACUGUGGAUGGAUAUGAGGUCCAAUUUGGUACAAACUACAUGGGCCACUUCCUCCUGACUUCGCUCUUGAUACCAACGCUCAGGAGGACUGCGUCUAAACCUGGUUCCGAUGUGCGUGUACUGUCCAUCUCGUCUGCUGCUUGGCAGAUGGCUCCGUCAUCGCCAUCGACCCUACUCUCGCUCAUGACUUCUUCAAACGGCGAAAUAUUGAGAUGUAACCGGUGGACCAGAUACGGGAUCUCAAAGGCUGCUAACAUCCUCCUUGCUUCCGAAUUGGCAAGACGGUACCCGGAAAUCAUGAGUGUCUCGGUGCAUCCUGGCGUUAUUCUAACAGGCUUGUACGAACAGGGCAAGGCGGCGACUCCUGUGCUUAGAUACAGCCUCCCUUUUCUUAUACUAUUCGCUUCCAGCAGGAAGAAUGGAGCAUUGAAUCAUCUGUGGGCCGCUGGAUGUACGAGGAGCCUACUACGCAACGGAGAAUACUAUUCUCCCGUUGGAGUCCGUUCCUUGGGGAACCAGCUCGUUCAUGACGAGGAUACGGCACGGCGGCUGUGGGAGUGGUCAGAGGAACAGGCCCGCCAAAACUAA